GCCAGCGCCACAUUUCCCUUCUUCCUCCUACACAGGGCUUCGCAGGAGACAGGAGGGAGAGUCUCCCUCUCGAUGUCUAGACUGCUGGCUUUGACUAUCAAUUUUGAUGCUUCUGACCCGCGCGAUCAGAUCUUUGGACUGAUCACUCUCCUUGACGAGGCCAGCGACGAGCGUAAUGAUUUCCGGCCCAACUAUAUGCUUCCCACACGGUGGCUUUACAUCCAAGUUGCCCAGCGAUUCCUAGUCCAAUCUCAGAAAUUAGAGAUUAUCACUGCUCACGCGGCUCCCCCCGACUAUCAGAUGCAUAAAAUUCGCAGAUGGAAACAAGAUUUACCGUCAUGGGUGCCCGACUGGACCAUUCAUAGUCUUUGGCAGUUAAACUCUAUAUGGAUCAGUUCUUUCUCUCCCUACAACGCGCUCUUUCCAUUUAUGCAUCAUUCGCGGGACUCAGAAGACGUGAUCAAACCAGCAUCCUCAAGCACUACUACAAGCCCAAGCACGGAACAAGCAGGCCAAGUCUAUAAUGCCAGCUUACACGACAUCUCCCCAUUUCCGCUUGAAUUCUCCACAGAUGGAGGGAUCCUUCGUGUUUGCGGUGUCCCAUUCGAUACGAUAGAGGUAGUCGGCUCUUCAUGGGACAUCGGAAGGACUAUGUCCCAGAGUUUCGAUACCACCACGGGCGUCUUAAAUUUAGAGCACAAUAACAAGAUCCAGCUUUCUAUCGUCAACCAGUGGAAAGAGAUCGCCAGGCUAGAUGACCCGGGAACUUACCCGUUCAGUCCACACUCCCGUCGCGAGGCAUUCUGGCGCACGCUCCUCCUUGAUCGAGUUCGCUCCAUGCGUGAGCCACUUUAUAUCCGACGCAUCCCCUCCGAGCCAACAGAAGAAACUCUAUCAGAAGUGAUCUGGGGCCCCGGUGUAGAUUGCGGUUUCCCACCCGAGUCCCAGAGCGAUGAAGAUUUUCUUAUUUUCUACGUGAGGAAGGAAGGGGCGGAGUGGUGGGCCUUUGGAAAUAUCAAUCUGCAUUGCGUCAACCUAGUUUUUUUCCGCACAGCCAAAGGUUCUAUCGGGGUUGGACAUCCUAAUAUCCAGCCUGGGGAUCAGAUCGCUGUCUUAUUAGGCGCGCCCGUGCCUAUCGUACUACGACAGUAUGAAGAGGGUCAUAUUGUUAUCGGACAGUCUUAUGUACAUGGUAUCAUGGACGGGGAAGUCAUUGAAAUGGAGCGUGAGUGCGGCCGGGGGCGGAAAAAGGAAGAUUUCCAAGUGUAUGAUCUUAUAUAGUAUCAGCUGAGUAGAAAUAAGGGGUUGGUUCUGUGCCAGGAAAUGGAUGCGUUCUAGUACUUUAGAC